CAAACAGCCUUCCGCAGUUUGUCAGUACUAUUUCUUUCUGCCAAUUAACAGUUGUGUGAUCCUGAACAGGUAAUAUCUCGGGACUCUGCAUCUGUAAAGCGAUGGAUAAAGAGACCUACCUCAUAAGAACUAUGAGGCUUAAAUAAGAUAGUGUGUGUAGCGUUUCUCCCAUAGUCUGCGCUCACUAAACGGAGUUAUUGUAUAUCGUUCGUUAUUAACUACCACAAAGGCUCUGCUCGGUGCGUAGGCGCUGACUCAGCCUGGGGUGAACCCACCACGCCACCGAAGCGAGCGAUCAGGGUCGGCAAAGCUGUGGAGAUGAAAUGGGCAACACCUUCCACACUGCGAGUAAAGCUCGCAAUCCGGGUGGAGGUCUCCACGUCCUAGCGCAGUCCAGCCCCGGGAGCGGGGAGGAGAGUUCGCCAGCCAAGAUUCCAAGACAGGUGUCCACCUCCUCCAGCGAAGCGGAACACGUGACACCACCCCAUCCACUUCCGGCUGGAAGGGCAUGCCCUCUCGUCACUAACAUGCACUUUCGACAAAACCGUGGAAUCUAGUAUUUCCCUCUGACACCUUUAUAUUUUCUUCACUUCCCUAUAAUUCUAACCUAUCUUGUAGGUAAAAAUUAAUCUUCAGAGUAUUACAGACAUGAGUGCCCACGCGCUGGGCGAAAGUGCGAGGCGGAAGCACUUCAUUCCCUCUCUUCUCUGGCCGGAAGUCGCGAGGUCUGAAUGAGUCAAAGCCGGCGGCCUCGGCUCCUCAGCUCCACCUGACAGUAGGCCGCUGAUCGGCCGCGGGUCUUGUCGACCGCUAAGCCACCAGGUUCAUGUGGAGGCUCCCAGGCGCCCGCGCCGCGCUUCGGGUGAUCCGGACGGCGGUGGAGAAGCUGAGCCGGGCUGAAGCGGAGAGCCAGAGACCGGCGGGAGCGAUGGAGCGCGCUGUAGUGCGCUGUGUACCCUCGGAACCCAAGCUGAGCCUGUCAUUCGCUUUGGCUGAUGGUAGCCACAAGAACAUGCAGCGCGAUCAGAGCGAGCCGCUGGGUCGAGUCCUCAGCCGCAUCGCUACCAAUGCCCUAAAGGGUCACGCUAAGGCGGCCGCCGCCAAGAAGAGCAGGAAGAGCCGGCCGAAUGCGAGCGGUGGUGCGGCCUGUUCAGGGCCGGGGCCCGAGCCGGCUGUGGCCUGCGAGCCCGUGGUGAAGCUGUACUACCGGGAAGAGGCAGUCGCUGAGGACGUGCUCAACGUGGAUGCCUGGCAAGACGGCGCGGUGCUGCAGAUCGGCGAUGUUAAGUACAAGGUGGAGCGCAACCCGCCCGCCUUCACCGAACUGCAGUUGCCGCGCUACAUCAUGGCCGGGUUCCCUGUGUGCCCCAAACUCAGCCUCGAAUUUGGGGAUCCCGCCAGCUCCCUUUUCCGCUGGUAUAAGGAAGCCAAGCCCGGAGCGGCGGAGCCCGAGGUCGGUGUCCCCUCGUCAUUGUCUCCCUCCUCACCUUCUUCUUGGACUGAGACUGAUGUGGAGGAACGCGUCUACACCCCGUCCAAUGCCGACAUCGGGCUAAGGCUCAAGCUUCAUUGCACCCCAGGCGAUGGGCAGCGCUUUGGGCACAGCCGGGAGUUGGAAAGUGUGUGUGUGGUAGAGGCUGGGCCUGGCACCUGCAGUUUUGACCACCGGCAUCUCUACACGAAGAAGGUGACGGAGGACGCUCUCAUCCGCACUGUCUCUUACAACAUCCUGGCAGACACGUACGCGCAGACUGAGUUCUCGCGAACGGUUCUGUACCCAUACUGUGCCCCCUACGCCCUGGAGCUCGACUACCGCCAGAACCUUAUCCAGAAGGAACUCACCGGCUACAACGCCGAUGUCAUCUGUUUGCAGGAGGUUGACCGCGCAGUGUUUUCUGACAGCUUGGUACCCGCCCUAGAGGCCUUCGGGCUCGAGGGGGUGUUUCGAAUCAAGCAGCACGAAGGCCUGGCCACUUUCUACCGAAAGUCUAAGUUCAGCCUUCUUAGCCAGCAUGACAUUUCAUUCUACGAAGCCCUCGAGUCCGACCCACUUCACAAAGAACUGCUGGAGAAACUGGUUUUGUACCCAUCAGCGCAGGAGAAGGUGCUCCAGAGAUCUUCUGUUCUUCAGGUUUCAGUUCUUCAGUCUACAAAGGACUCUUCUAAAAGGAUAUGUGUUGCUAAUACCCAUCUUUACUGGCAUCCUAAAGGUGGGUAUAUUCGCCUCAUUCAAAUGGCAGUAGCCUUGGCUCACAUUAGACAUGUUUCAUGUGAUCUGUAUCCUGGCAUACCAGUUAUAUUUUGUGGGGACUUUAAUAGUACACCAUCAACAGGAAUGUAUCAUUUUGUCAUCAAUGGCAGCAUUCCAGAGGAUCAUGAAGACUGGGCUUCCAAUGGGGAGGAGGAAAGAUGCAACAUGUCUCUUACGCAUUUCUUCAAGCUGAAAAGUGCUUGUGGUGAACCUGCUUACACAAAUUAUGUUGGUGGCUUUCAUGGAUGUCUAGAUUACAUUUUCAUAGACUUAAACGCUUUAGAGGUUGAACAGGUGAUUCCAUUACCUAGUCAUGAAGAAGUUACCACCCACCAGGCCUUACCUAGUGUUUCCCAUCCCUCUGAUCACAUAGCACUUGUAUGUGAUUUAAAAUGGAAAUAGAUGUGUGUUUAAUGGAAUUGAAGUCUGAAAAGGAAGUAGUUAUUUUAGCAGAAAAUUUAAUAUGAAUCAAAGCUUAUAUGUAACCUUCAAAGAGGAAUGGUAAAAUGUUCAUCCCUCCUAGUUAUGUUCCUGAUGUCUUCGUUAUGAAACUGUUGAUAAUGUUUGCAUCAUACAUCUUCUCUUUCCUUGUUUUCCUCUACAAUUGGAGGAGAAACAAAUAUAUUUAUUACUAGCAAAAUAGAAAAUUGAAUUAUUUUUCUCCAACUUGAGACUCUCAGAAAAGGAAGAUUGAAUUAUCGUGUUUUUGUUUGUUUGUUUUUGUUUCUUUUUUUUUUUUUUUGAGAUGGAGUUUCGCUCUUGUUGCCCAGGCUGGAGUGCAAUGGCACAAUCUCGGCUCACUGCAACCUCAGCCCCCUGGGUUUAAGCGAUUCUCCUGCCUCAGCCUCCCGAGUAGCUGGGAUUACAGGCAUGUGCCAACGUGUCUGGCUAAUUUUUGUAUUUUUAGUAGAAAUGGGGUUUCGCCACGUUGGCCAGGCUGGUCUCGAACUCCUGACCUCAGGUGAUCCACCCGCCUCGGCCUCCUAAAGUGUUGGGAUUACAGGCAUGAGCCACCGCGCCUGGCCCUUGUGUACAUUUUUAUAAGAGAAUUUUUUUAGCUAGGAGUUCAGAAUUUUUAAAGUACCAUUUGAAUGAUCUUAAUUUUUCUUUCAUGACAACACAUUCCAAAAUGAAUCAUGCUUAUGUACUAAGGGAAAAUGUAUAUAAGUUAAGGGUGAGAGACUUAUGUUAUAGGUGACCUUAGAGACCUAAGGUGAGAGACUUGACACAUGGCAAGGAGUAACAUUAGGGUCUACCUCUACCUCAAUUUAGUUAGCGAUUUACUACAAUUUCAGAGCUUUAACAAAAGAUAAAAAUAAAUCGUCACCAAUUGUUAUUGCUUCUCAUCUUUCAUUUUUCAAUGAACAAGUAAGGUAUUUUCAUUCUUAUUUUUAGGAUUUUAGUUUUUAGUGUAUGGUACAAAUGAACACAGUUUAUAUUCUAAUUCUUACUGCAGUUCAUUUUAAUUUUUAGGAUGCAAGCACAAUUUAGUAUUCAAAGUGAGUAGCAACAUAUUCAACUUGAUCCCAUUGUCUUUAGUUACUCUUGCCCAUGAAAAAUGUUCAUAAAUGAACAGGGUAUUUGACCAUAUGAUAUUAGAAAAUACAGCACAUUACUUUAUGAGAAACUACCUACUGAUACGGGCUUGAAAUUUUGGAUGAAUCACUGAGCAUUUCUACGCUAGAAGUAAUUUCAAAAUUGUUGGUUUUUAUAAACAGGAAAAAGGGUGAGUAGUGGGACUUUUAAGCAUCUCUGAAAUAAAAAACUAUUCUUUUUACAGACAAGCAGUAUAGUUUGAGUUACAGAUAACAGUGUGUAUAUAUGUAAUAUAUAUAUAGUAAAAGGAGAUUUAAAUAUGAAGCCAAACUUUUUAAAAUUAGAAACUACAAAUGGUUAUACUGAUUAGUGUCUAGCCUAGAGUGGUAACCAAGCUUUACUAAUUCAAUUAUCAAAUACAUUAUUUAUAAUGCAUUAGUUGUAUUAGUUGUUGCUUUUUUGAUGUUCACGAUAACUAUGUUAUCUCAUUUCUGCAUUUAAUUAAUAGCUCGAGUAUUAAAAGCCCACCCCCUUCAAGAAAAGCUUUGAUUUUCCCCAGUCAUGAAAGCCCUUGUUUCAAAUUCUUUAAUCUCUGAACCCAGUAUCAUAAGAAUUUUCCUCUUUUGAUAACAUCUGUACUUUCAUAUUCUGCUCACUAUCAAAUGUAUUGUUAACUCUUAGUAAGUUUGAAAAUGAAGGGGUUUUAUCUGCAUUUGACAUUGAACCUUGAAGUACUUUAAGUACUCCAAGGGAAAAAUUAAAGUGGAAGUUUCUUGGGAUCUUGUUUAGAAAAAACUAUAAAUAAAAAAUUGAUGCUACCAAA